AUGAAGUCGUUCUCAAGCUCCGUUAUUAAUAAGUCGGGCAAGAAGUUUGCUCCAAAGGCACCCGCCCGACGCGCUCCUCCAGCCCCUCCUCGAGCACCUUCAAGACGACCGAGUGUUGCUUCUCAGGGAUCGGCUUUGCACGCGCCAGUGACCACAAGUGUAACAGCGACCCCUGAACCGCCUCUCCCUGCUACCUCGAUCGAACCGUCUGCCCAGUCCGAGACAACUAUUGCAGGAUCAGGUGGUGUGCCGACUGUUGCGCCGACUGUUGAGCAUGCGCCUAAGGAACAAACUGCAACUGCCAUACCGAUUCCCGCACCCAAGCACAAAGCUUCUGUCCCCGUUCCCAUUCCAGCCCCUCGAUCAACGACAAAUAUAUCGCCUGCUCCUUCAGCGAGCACUACAACGACCGUUGAGCCCGUAGCGCAGGCACCCAGUCGCCCCGAUGAGAACAGGGAAGUGACUAGACCAGGUCCUGAUAACGUCCAAAACGAGCAGAGACAUGCACCCUCUGAUGUCGCGGCCGAUAGUGAUAAUGAAGUGGUGCCUGAAGGCCGACCCUCAAAGCGCUUAAGGACGUCGAUUGAGUCUGUCCUAACAACGACAUCUCCUCAGCCAGAAGAGGAACUCGCUCAACUUGCAACACCCCCAUCUACACAGAUACCCGCCCUUGAGGAACGAACGGAAAGCCGAGAUGAAUCGGAAGUGCCAGGUCUGGCCCGGCGAAGUGAAAGUGCGCCCAAGAAAAAAGGUCGACGGGCAAGCCGAUCUACAAGUAAUGAUGCAGGGAAAAUUAAGAAGGAAAGGAAGCGACGGACCCGCAACCGUGAGCCCACCCCCGACGGUGCUGAGCUGAUCGAGAUAGCACCAGCAGUCGUUAAGAUGUCGGAUUUGUGCAAAGACACACGGACAGGAAAGCGAUCCAAGCGAGAAACAGAGCUACGCGCCCACGAACUAGCAGAAGCCGAGCGGAAGAAAUCUCAGCAAGAAGGCGGCCAGAAAGAUGAGACUGCUGCGAAACAAACUUUGAAUGAAUCUGUUCUUAAGGAGGACCAAACUGGGAGUACGCCCAAUAAGAGCUCACAGGCUGGUCCAGUCAUGCGCAUUGUGAACGGAGAGAUUGUGCUUGACACCGCCUCUCUGCAGGUCGACCGUCAUGCAGAUGCUGAGAGAAACGGGGACGAUCUGGAGGACGUCGUUGAAAAUUCACUCACCCGGAAGGUCAAUCAGGCUACAUACGGGAAGCGUUCCAAAACCGAGUCUUGGGAUGAGGACAUGACAGAGCUAUUCUAUCGCGGCCUGCGGAUGUUCGGAACUGAUUUCAUGGUGAUCAGCAAAAUGUUUCCUGGACGCUCGAGGCGUCAGAUUAAACUGAAAUUCAACAACGAAGAGCGACGUGAUCCUCAAAGAAUCAGGGAGACGCUUCUUGGGCCCCGGGAGUCCAUUGACAUUAACACGUAUUCUGAGAUGACCAAUACAGUAUACGACGACCCUCGAUUAAUUCAGCAAGAGCUAGAUGAGGAGAAGAAGCGUAUCGAGGAGCAGUAUGAGAAGGAUAAGAAAGCUCAGGAAGAUUUGCUUCGCAACCCGGAUGGCGUGGCAGGCAAUAACGCUUUGGGUGUCGAUAAAGUUGCCAUCAAGGGCAAGCGCAACAAUAAAAAACAGAGCGCGAGAGAUUUCGGGGGCGGGACUGAAGAAAUUUUGGGUUCUAUAGAUGAUUGA